AUGACUCGGUGGAUAGUGGCACAACGAAACUCUCUCUUCACAUUGUUUCUUCCUCUCCUGACACUUGUCUCUUACACCCUUGCAUUUGACAUUUUGUCUCGUCGUCCACCUCACAAUCGAGAACAUCAAUACACUUUGGAUGAGUUGGCUCCUUCUCCCUACUAUUCCAAAACUUCCUACCUAAUUCCUAGUUAUAUAGUGACAAACGUCACCAUCAGCUAUGGACAUUUUGAUGUUCUUGCUAUUGGGGAAGUGGGUUCAAUGUUUGAAGUAUAUGCAUGUUCCACAAAUGCUUGGACAAUUUCUUGCUCUCAACUCGCGACUUCAGUUUCUUCGAAAGCCUAUCGACAACAAUUUUAUAAUGAAAAGAAUGUUCCUCUUUUCAUUGUUUUCAGAAACACAGAUUCCACACAGAAUGCUCUCAUUAAGGAACUUUUUGUGAACAGAGUUUCAGAACAAAGAUUCAUGGACAAUGUUUUUUCACUGACAAUUCCGUUGAAUGCAGAUCAUUUCUUUCAAGUGAAAGACCUAUUGCAGUCUUCCAAUAGAAUUUGCAACAUGACGAUCAUACCCAAUAUAUUCGAUGCCACGGUGCCGUUCACAUUACAACUCGAUGCAGGUUUCAAUCAAAAUCAAACAGUGGAACAGACUCAAAAACUUUCACUCAAGACACUUUCAGACAGCUCUUCAUUUAUGUACAAACCAAGCAAAGAUGUUGUUUAUCCGAUCACACCUGUGACAAGAAUUCGUUGCAUUCAAUCAUCUGGUGAUGUCUGUCACAUGGCCGUAAACUUGAUUCAAUACGAUGAAGCACCACCGCUUAACCAAACUAUUUUGGGAGCUAUCCUUGGAGGAACAUUGUUAUUUGUUGGUUUUAUUGUCAUUGUGAUCUUUGUCGUGAUUGUUUGUGUUUGUUGUUACUGUUGUUGUACGGUAAUUCCAAAUCGGAGGUUUUUAAAAGAAAUUGAAUCCAAAAAGAGAAAUCAAAGAAUUCAGGAACAUUAUCCUCACACAAGUUUACAUUUACUUUCGGAGCAUGACAAACAUGAGCAAGAUGAAAUGAAUCACUUGCGCGCAGAGAAGGCAUGUCCACAUCGUGAUCUGUCACAAACAGAUCCUAGUCUUCCAAUUAAGGUUGAUUCUUUGGAAACAGGGAACUCAUUCAUGAAGGUGAACAAUCAAAAAGAGCAAUCACAAACUCCAAACAAGCAAAAUUCACAAGAAAACGCAUCAGAUUUUCCGGUGGACACAGUGAUUGAUUCAUUUGAAUCGAUGAGAAUUCGAACUUCACAACAACCACUCCUACCUAACAGUGUCGACACAAAAUCUCAAUCAAACAACAACUCAACAGCUUCAAAGAGUUCCCAGAAUCAUAAUCAAGAUUCAAACAUGUUCAAUGGGCGAUACAAAUGCAUUAGAAAAAUUGGAGAAGGAUCAUUUGGAAAAUGUUAUUUGUGUGAAGACACAAAAAGAGAGAACAUGCAAGUUGCCAUCAAAUUAAUCCCUGUUAACGAGAAUGAUUUGGGAAACUUUUUAAAGGAAUGUUCAAAAAUGAUUGGGAUUAAUCACAAGAACUUGGUGAAGGUUUAUGAAUUUUUUCAUGAAAAAGUUAAAUUGUUUGAGAUAAUAAAGCCAAAGAAUAAUUUCGUGGAGGAAUUCGAUCCAGAACGAAAUCAAAUUGAAGUUAUUCUAGGGGAUUAUGGAGAGAGCAAAUAUUUGUUUGAAUGCGGUAGCAACAGCCCAUUGAAGGGAACCAUGGGUUAUAUGGCACCAGAAGUAUUCUCCUACUUGCAGUAUGGAACAGCAACAGAUGUUUUUUCUCUCGGGGUGACAUUAUAUCAAGUCGUUUGUGGAUCUGGUAAAAUCUCAACGAUUGUUGCAAGUUUGAUGCUAAAUGAAAUUAAAAUGAUGGAAGAAAUUUCAAAUAAUUUCAAAGACAAGGGCGUGGAUCAAAAAAUAGCCGAUUUCAUAUUGUCCAUGCUUUGUGUGAAUCCAGAACAAAGACCAUCUGUUCUAGCUAUUAAGAAUUUUGGAAAGAGAGUUUGA